AUGCCACUUAAAAGUCACAAUGUCAAACACCAGGCUCGAACUUUGAGACAAAAGUUGCUAAUCGUUGACAAAUUGAAGAAAUCUGGUGAUUCAAUUUCAGAUGUAAUGAAAGAGUUCAACAUGAAACAAUCUACUGUUUCUACAAUAAUUGAAAAUGAAAUAGAUCUUACAAUAACGAACGACUGCUUAGAUGUUCUGGAGGAAAAUCUCACCACAAUAAGAAAAUAUCAUUAUGAUCUUAUUUUGUCUUUUACUUAA